AUGCCUCUGAAGGGAAAACUGUCCAUGGCAACGAGAGCACUUUACGACAGUUAUUUAACGUAUUACGGUGGCCGGUGUCGUAUAUUUUGCAGAAUCACCAUGGCGUUGAAAGAGACUGCAGGGCUGUAUGAAACACUCAAAGCAGAGUGGAACAAGAAAAAUCCGAACCUGAGUAAAUGUGGAGAACUUCUAAGCAAACUUAAGGUUUCGUUACUGGAGCUGAACUUCCUACCUACCACCGGGUCUGCGCUCACUAAGCAGCAGCUCAUUUUAGCCCGUGAUGUCCUUGAGAUUGGCGCUUUGUGGAGUAUACUAAAGAAGGACAUUCCAUCUUUUGAGAGAUACAUGGCCCAGCUAAAAUGUUACUACUUUGAUUACAAGGAGGAACUUCCUGAAGCUGCCUACAUGCAUCAGUUACUCGGACUGAACCUGCUCUUCCUGCUCUCACAGAACCGUGUAUCUGAGUUUCACACAGAACUCGAGAGACUGAAUGCACGAGAUAUUCAGGCCAAUGUGUACAUCAGACACCCAGUCUCCUUAGAGCAGUACUUGAUGGAAGGAAGUUACAACAAGGUGUUUCUUGCCAAAGGCAACAUCCCUGCUGAAAGCUACACCUUUUUUAUAGAUAUCCUGCUUGACACAAUUCGUGAUGAGAUCGCAGGUUGCAUAGAAAAAGCAUAUGAGCAGAUCCAGUUCAGUGAGGCCACCCGUGUGCUUUUCUUCAGUUCACCCAAAAAGAUGACAGAUUACGCCAAGAAGAGAGGAUGGAGUUUGAGCCCAGACGGCCAAUACUCUUUCACCAGUCAGCAGCAGCGGACAGAAGAGGUAACCAUCCCAUCUACGGAGCUGGCACAACAGGUCAUCGAAUAUGCACGACAGUUGGAAAUGAUUGUGUAAUCCGCCCCCAGGAACACACACAGACACACCGACCGCCAAUUCAGUGUAUGUCCAGUCAGCUCAAAUGCUGUUCCCUUGAGGAAUACGACUUAACAGGCUGCAGAGUGGUUGGUUUGUUGCUCAUACCUCAAAAGCAAUCAACAUUUAUUUCUCUUAUAUUCCACUUAAUCUGCAGCUCUUUCCGUGGAAGUUUUCUUUCAUUUUUUUUAAAAGACGGGGAACAAAACAGCAAUUCAGCAAAAGUCAGAAAUUUCUGCAUAUGUACCUUUUUAGUGAAGACAUCCAAGGGGUUUCAAUGUUGCAGUUUGUUAUUUCAUCCAAGAUAACAUCAAAACUGAGCUUUUUAUGUGUUAUGGCCUAACCAAGUCCCGCUCGCACAUUUAAAACCCCUGGGCCUUUGACUUCUACUAGAAAGAACUUUGCAAUCACCUCCCUGUUUCGUUGCCUGUCAGUGUCGCACAAAACUAUCGGACACAGAAUAUUUUUCAGCAAAAUUCAAGUAAAUUCUUUCUAUACAAAGUUAAUUUAGUCUACAGUAAAUCUCGCAGAACUCUAUUGACCUUGCCUUGGAUCUUAUCAAGUAACAGAAUUUCCAUUGUUUUGUGUGUUUUCUAAGUGGUAAUGCCCUUAAACCAUAAUGAUUUGUGAUCCAGUUGGUAUUUCAAUGCAAAUAUUUGUCUGCAAUAAACAAUUCAGAAAAUAAACUUA